AUGCCUUCAAUCACAAAGACUCUCGGCCUGAUUACGGCAGGCCUAGCUGCCCUGGCCUCAGCCUUGCCCGCCGUUCCCAAGUUGACGGGUAACCAACUCAACAUCCACAGCUUCAUGAAGCGACAGAAUGCCCUGGCCGCGGCCGCAGGCCUGACGGAUGUUGAUAUCCUGCAAUUCGCUCUCACUCUCGAGCUCCUCGAAGAGGCCUUCUACCGCGAAGGCUUCGCAAAGUUCCCGGCCGCCGACUUCACCGCGCUCGGCCUCUCCGAGUCUCAGAUCAAGGACCUGCAGGGCAUCGGCAGCACCGAAGAGGCGCACGUAAUCCUGCUACAGGGCGCCAUCGCCGCCGCCGGCGUCAAGCCCGUGCAGGCAUGCACCUACAACUUCGCGGCUGUCGACUCCGCCGCCGCAAUGGUCGCCACGGCCGCCGUGCUCGAGAACGUCGGCGUGUCGGCCUACCUAGGCGCGGCGCAGCUGGUGACCGACCCGGGCAUCCUGACAACCGCGGCCUCGAUCUUGACGGUUGAGGCGCGCCACCAGACCUUCAUCAGAGCGGCGAGCGGCGUGGUGGCAGUCCCGCAGGCCUUCGACACGCCCUUGUCUCCCAAGCAGGUGUUCAGCCUUGCGGCGCCCUUCAUCGCGAGCUGUCCCGAGGGCAGCAAUCUGAUCUUGACGGCGUUUCCGACGCUGACGAUGGGCGGGGACGGGAAAACGGUCGCGGCUGCCGGGUCCGAGGUCAAGCUGCAGAGCACCGAUGCGUCGGUGACGGCUGGCGCAAAAUUCUGCGCCUUCACCACGGGUGGUGUCCCCGGCGGCACGGCGUUCACGGCGUUCGAUGCUGCUACGGGCGGGUGUGUCGUGCCGCAGGGCUUGAACGGCGUAGUUUAUGUGAGCUUGGCGAGCGCGGGCCCGUUGACAGGCAAGCUGACGGAUGAUAUCAUCGUGGCCGGUCCGAUCGUGAUGCAAGUGUCGUGA